AUGUUUCGCUCUUCAGCCGAUAGACGCCCAGUCAAGGCAAGCGGCAGUGGCAGUCAGCACGCCGCAUAUGCCUCGCAAAACACCAGCGCGACAUCCUUCAGCGUGGGGGGAGGCGGCGUUGCAGACAUUGCAGCCAGUCCCUCCAGGCCCAGCGAGAGCCCAUCUAGGGCUUCCACCAGCGCCAGCUCGGGUGCUGCCGUCAAACCGCCUUACGAGCGCCAUGCAUCGCAGCCUGCCAGCACCUCACAUAGCGGCUUGAAAGCGCACCGCCGCCUCGCCAGCCGAUUCGCUGCUUCAGUUCGGCGCACCUUGGCGACCAGCGAUAUGCUGCUGGACCUUCAACCUGACGCUGCAGGAGCUGGUGCUUCUGCCUCCACUUCCAGAUCUCAGAUUGCCACUUCCCCUGCUUCGCUCUCUACAAAUGUUUCCUACCCCUAUGUUGAAGACGCUCGAUCUGGCCACGUCAGCAACACGUCAUUGAGCCAAACGAAUUCCUCGCACCACGAGCAGACAUCUCUUCACCAACACUCUUCCGCGAGUCGCCAUCGAUCACCCCACUCCCUUGAAUCGGAGCCUAG